CAGGAGUGGACAGAUAUAUUUGCUUGUCAUACACAUAGAAAUGAUAUUGGAAGCCAAAGAAGCUGAUCAUUUUGCCACGGGAGGCAAUAGGAGGGAGAACAGUAGGGGACCAAGGACCGAACCUUGAGGAAUGCCAACAGAGAACAAUUGGCGAGAAGUGGCAGAGCCAGACAAAGCACUGGGAGAGGUAGGAAGAGCACCAGGAUAGGUGUAUCUUGUACACCAAUUACGGAGGGUGAGAACAAGUUGUUGAUGAUCAGCAGUGUCAAAAGCAUCAGCAAGGUCAGGGAGAAUUGGGAUAUAGUGGCCAUGGGAUCUUGCAGUGGUUUCAUUGGAUACUUUGGUCACAGCUGUUUCAAGUGACGAACGCAAAUCCAGACUGAAGCGGGUCAAGCGGAGAGUUAGAUUCGAGAGUCUCUCAAUCAUGCAUACACAACUCUCUCAUGAAUCUUGGAGGCAAACGGCAGUAGUUAAAUGGGGAGUUGGGGUCAAGGUUGGAUUGCUCGAUCUUUAUUUAUUUUUUUAUUUUUUUUAAAUCGGUGUUGCAUGUUUUGAAGAGUGAGGGGAAUGUGCCAGAGGAGAAGAAAAUCUGAAUGAAAGUGAACUAGGAGUUUGUGUUGGCAGCACAUUGUGGUUUUGACUGUGUUGAAGUAAUUUACUUUUGCAGAGGAAAGAUCCAAGCUGUAGGAGCCCAGCAUGAAUUUAUAGUGGAUAAAAUCAGAUGCAGAGUGAGACUUUCUCCAGCAGUGUUCAGCUGAUAUAUACGUGUGUCCCCUCCCCAUGUAGAAUGUAUCUCUCUGUAUACGGAGUGUCCUUGUAUAACUUGGAUUUAAUAAGAAUGGUAUGUCUCUCUGCAUUUUUUCCCGGUCUCCAAAAAAAUCUCAAGUACUGAGAGCGGUUUAAAGCAUCUUGCUUCAUUUAUUGUUCAGUGUUACAAUGUAAAGAUCAGUACUCGGACUAUAUUUCUCACCUUUGCUCACAUUUCCUUCUGUGUGUGUGACUGGAUUAUCAUGUGUUUUGAGUAAACAAGACUUUGCUUAACGCCGUUACGGCGUUCUAUGCCGUCGCGGCUUUAAAGGGCUUUUAAGCCGCGGCGGCGGCGAUCCCCUUCUGGAGGGCUGCCUCACAGCCCAGACAGCCCUCCCCCGGCAAAUGUGGCCCCCUAUAGCUGGCUGUGGAUUUGCCAGCAAGGGGGCUGUCUGAAAUGUCAGUCCCCCUGCUCGUGGAAAGUAUAUAUAAAAAAAAAAAAAUAAGAACAUUUUUAAAAGUAUUUUUGUGUAUUUUAAUACUAAUAUAUAUAAAUAUUAAAAUACACUUAGAAUGACGUUACACAUAUAUACACAUAUUAUAUAUACGUAUAAUUACAAUAAUAAAAUAUUGAAACGAAAUGUAAUAUAAACUAUAUAUUCAUAUGUAAUUUCAUUCUAACUGUAUUUUGAUAUAUGUAACAAAAUACACUUAGAAUGACAUUCUGUAUAUAAAAUACAAAUAACCGCAUAUAUAUUUACAUAAAAGAUUACAUUAGUAUACACGUUGAAUUUACCUAUAAAUGCAUAUAUAUUAAAAAUCUACGUGUAUAUUUAAGUAAUCUUUUAACAUAAUUAUGUGAUUUGAUUGACAUGCCUGACAACACAUUGAGAAAGUGCAGAGAAUUUAAUUUGCAAGCACUAUAUUUGACCCUGUAACUCUCCAAGACACCAUAAAACCUGUACCUGUGGUUACUGUUUUACUCGGUAGACUUUGCUGAACUCAAAAAAUAGUGUUUAAAACUGGUAAAUUGUAUUACAACAAUGAUAUUUUAAGUAAAAGUUAAAAUUUUUUUUUUUUUUUUAAACUGCACUUUUAUGGACUAUAUUAUUGUUGUAAUAUGUUUUACUGUUUUAAAGCACUAUUUGUUUAGUGAAGUCUCCCGAGAAUAACCGCCCAUGUACAGGUUUUAUGGUGUUUUGGAAAGUUAGAGAGUCACAUAUAAGGCUUGCUUUUCAUUUUUUUUUUUUUUUUUUACAUUGAAAUUUGCCAGAUUGGUUAUGUUGCCUUUGAGAGCGUAUGGUAGCCCAGGAAUGAGAAUUACCCCCAUGAUGGCAUACCAUUUGCAAAAGUAGACAACCCGACGUAUUGCAAGUGUGGUAUGUCCAGUCUUUCUUAGUAGCCACUUAGUCACAAACACUGGCCAAAUAUUAGUUUUUUGCUUUUUUUUCACACACAAAAAUAAAUAUGAACGCUAUCUUUGGCUAGUGUUUGUGUCUAAGUGGCUACUAAAAAAGACUAACCAUACCCCACUUUCAAUACCUUGGCUUGUCUACUUUUUCAAAUGGUAUGCCAUUAUGGGGGUAAUUCUCAUUCCUGGGCUACCACAGUCUCAAAGGUAACAUUACUAAUCUGGCAAAUUUCAAUUUGAAAAUGCAACUUUCUAUAUUUGACCCUGUAACGUUCCAAAAAACCAUAAAACAUGUUAAUGGGGGGGUACUGUUGUACUCGUGAGACAUCGCUGAUUACAAAUUUUUUUUUUUUUUUUUUUUUUGUGUGCAGUAAAACCUAACUGUAAAUUUCAUAAUACUGUUAAAAUGUGAGGCGGAACUACAAAUUUAAAAAAAAUGUAACUUCUCAGUUUUAUUUUUAUUUUAUUCGUAAUUGUUUCAUAGCUAAAUGUUUGAUAUGAAAGCCCUCUUUCUCCUGAACAAAAUUAUAUAUGUGUGGGUGCAUUUAAUAUGAAAGAGGUGAAUAACGGUUGAACAGACAGUGCAAAUUCCAGUUUUUGUUUUGAUCAGAACGUGCACUAUUGACUCAGUCCUGAAGGGGUUAAUCAAGAAUUCCAUAAUCCAGUGACAUUGUUACCAUAUCUUUUGCUCACUCUCCUCUAGAUGGAAGGCAGGAGCGUGUUAUGUUUGAUAAAAUCACAUCCAGAAUCCAGAAGCUAUGCUACGGGCUCAAUGCAGAAUUUGUUGAUCCUGUGAGUAUCUUGCGUUGGGUCUUUUUUAUGAAGGCUUGUAGGGGGAUCAGUACGGUUCUUAGUGUUAUCUGUGGGUUCUGAGUUCUUUCUACAACUGUCUGGUGACUAAAAGUGGAUGCUGUUGGAGAUCCACUACUCUUAGUAGAUAGUGUAGGUGCAGGCUCACAAGACUACCCUCAAACCUUCAAAAUGUAUAAAAUGAAAACCUUGACAAAAACACAGUGCGUAUUGUAAUCUUGCGUUCACAAAGUGGAGGAAUUUAUCUCCAUUGGUAUACUUUGUAGUGCUGUGACUCACUUUAUUUUGUGCUUUUCUGGUGACUGCCUGCCCGCCCUUCCACAAUAGAAGGGCACUGUCUACUUGUAGCUGCUAUCAGUCGAUAAACUGACUUGUCUAAUGCAUAUCAACUACUCUCCUUACGUUUAACAGUCUCUAAAAUUACACCAUAUUCAAAGUGAUGUUUGACCAUAUUUCUUGUAAGCACAGAUCUGCUUGUUUGCAAUUAUUUUUAUUCUGCCUUUUUACAAGAUUGUAAAUUAUGGCCUUGAUCAAUGGCAAUAUGUAGGCUUCCGUUCCGGCCUCUGUGGAAUUAUCACUUUGAGUUCCAUAAAUAGCAAAUAUGUCGCUUGUGAUAUUUUGCUUGCUCAUCCAAGGACUAAUGGCUAAAUAAUUCAGUCAUAAUAAACUAGCUUUUAAAGUGCACCUGUCAUGCCCCAAUCAACUUUUUCAUGCAAUUUUUAUCUAUACAUUGUGCUAGCAGGUUAUAGCUUAGGAGAAACUUUCCCACAUGGGAUCGUUAUUCUCUCCUUCCAUAGCAACUACACUGCAUGUCAUGCGGUUGCUAUGGAAACGCUGGUACAUAGCGCAAGAAAAGUAUUUUAAAUUAAGUGACCAAACGUCACACUCUCCUGGCACGCUGGCUAUUUGCACUGCUUAGGGAGGUGUUCAAAGCAGGACAGAUUAAAGAAUAGCAGAGGAUAGGCCGGAGGUAGGUUAAGUAACACUACAGGGUCAGGAAUACCUGUUUGGGUUCCUGACCCUGUAGUGUUACCCAUGCUGUUAAAACCACCAUCUAGCUUCCCUGGCCGCCACUUGUCCACCUAAAAAAUAUAGUAAAAUCUUUGUUUGUUUUGUCCUAGUCUGCAGCUGCUACCCCUGAUCUAUCUGCUUGGAUGACACCAGAAGUAUUGUUCUGAGCCAAUCAAAAUGCUUUCACGUAGGAUUGGCUGAGACUGUCAAGGAGGCAGAUCGGGGCAGUCAAACACAGCCCUGGCCAAUCAGCAUCUCCUGAUAGAGAUGAAUUGAAUCAGUGAAUCUCUGAGGAAAGUUCAGUGUCUGCAUGCAGAGGGUGAAGACAUUGAAUGGCAGUCACACUGCAGCGCUGCCCCAGGAAGCACCUCUAGCAGCCAUCUGAGAAGUAGCCAGUGAAGUUAUCGCUAGGCUGCAAUAUAAACACUGCAUUUUCUCUGAAAAAAAGUUUUUACUGCAAAAAGCCUGAAGGGAAUGAUUCUACUCACCAGAAAAAAUACAAUAAGCUGUAGUUGUUAUGGUGACUCUAGUGUCCCUUUUAAAUGAAGAGUAACACCCAUGAAGUGGUGCAUGUACAGUGUAUAUUUUACAUUAAAUACACAUGUCUUUGUGAUAUUCAAUGUAUAUGGGAGCUAUUUCAGGUAAAAUUAUUCAUUACAUGUUUUCUUUAACGAGAUCCUAGACAAAUUAGAUUUUUCUCCCAAAUCCAUUAUAGGGCUGUAUAAUAAGCAGGAUAUAGUCUGUUGUUUUAAUCUGUCACCCCUUUUGUUUAGCAUAUUGAAGGAGAUUUUGUUUCCAUGUUGACAGUUGUAUGAAUGUUAAAUUGUAUUUCUAUAUUUUUAGGCCCAGAUCACCAUGAAAGUAAUUCAGGGUCUUUACAGUGGUGUUACAACGGUGGAGUUGGAUACAUUGGCAGCAGAGACAGCAGCUACUCUGACAACCAAGCACCCAGAUUAUGCUAUAUUGGCUGCGAGAAUAGCAGUUUCCAACUUGCACAAGGAAACCAAGAAAAUAUUCAGUGGUGCGUACAUACCUAGGAAUGUCCCAUGCAGGACAUGGUGCUUAAAGGAGUUAUCACCAUGGAGAACAAUGGAAUAAAUCUCCUGAUUGCCCCACCUUUAGCACUUCAUUCACAAAAUUGUCCUGAAUCUAAACUUGUGAUUGUAAUUUUUUUUUAAAUUCUUUUAAAAAAAAUGUUUAAAUGUAACUAGUUUUUUAUUAUUCACUGUGGAGGGGUUGGUUAAACAUGUUUCCCUCAUUAGAGUGUAUACAUGUCAUUGGAGCAUUAUCAUGUUUUCAUCCUUUCUGCUACAUGCUUGGACUGUCUUCUAGUUAUGGGGGACGUUGAUAGUUUUUUCUCUCUAUAUAGAAGUAUUUAAUAUCUACAUGGUGUCUAUGCAGUUAAUGUACAGUCAUGAGACAACUCCUUAUGUAUAUAGAUGUGAUGGAAGAUCUUUUUAACUAUGUGAACCCGCGGAAUAAACGUCAUUCUCCUAUGAUCUCCAAAGAGACGCUGGACAUUGUGUUGGCAAAUAAAGAUGUAAGUGCUCCUAUUCCGUUACUUAUUGAUGUGUUGGGUGGGAGGUUGGAACUUGCACAGUUGAAGGUGGAAAAAAAUGAUUGAUGUCAAUACUAGUGAUAUUGUCAUUUGGCAAGUGUGCAUGGCAUUUUGUACCUGAAAUUUAGUAUUUUCAUAUAUAUAUUUUACCUUUGAUUACCUCUUUACUCUCUAAAAGGAUCUACUCUUCUAUAACAUGUUUAUGCUUUGUAUACAAUCAGAUUAAUCUAGGUAAUGAAAGCUCUUGUCCUUUUAGAUUGACUUAGUAUGUUCCAUUUUUUUUCUGCAGCGUCUGAACUCUUCCAUUAUCUACGACCGAGACUUCUCCUAUAACUUCUUUGGGUUUAAGGUAAGUGGAUGCUGAAGGACUCCAUCUUUAAACUGAUGUGUAUUCAGUAAGAAAUUUUUAAGCUUGGAUGGGUAGUUAUAAAAGGGAACGAUCACUUCAAAAUAAACUAACGUUAUUUUUUACUUAUCCCUUUAACACAAUGCAUGUGUGAGCCGUUACAGUAAAAAUAUACAGAAAUCCUCAUUGUCUAUCAUUGCUAUAAGCUGUGUCCUAAGGGCCGUCUUUAAUGAUUGGGCCCCCUGCCACCCACUCCACUCCCUGGCAUGCAGUCACGCCCUCCACCGCAAUGUAGUGGCGGAACUAAACUAGAAAGGGUACUGGUGCAAUGCUUAUUUUGGGCCCUGUUAUUGCAAUGGUGGCCAUAUGGUAGAUCCCUAUCUGUCAUACAACUCCAACAAUGCUUUGACAGCUGGAGAUCUAUCGUUGUCCCAUGCGUGCACAAUGUAUUUAGCAAUGAGCAGUGUUUGUGUGUUUGAAUGUAAGCAUGUUUUGUAUGGAGUAUGUUUGUGUGAAUGUAGGGGUGUGUUCGUAUGUGGUGCUGGCAUUUGAAUGCAAGCAUGUAUUUAUGUGUAUGCAUGGGUGUGGUGUGUUUUUUUUUUUUUUGUUUUUUUUGUAUGUGUGUGUGUGUGUGUGUGUGUAGUUUAACACGUGUCUGUAUGUAGUAUUAAUGUUUCAAUGCAGGAGUGUGUUUAAAUACUGAGAUGCAUGCACAUAUACACAUACACUGACACAUACUGUGAUACAGAUGCACAACCUGAAACACACAUGCAGAUACAAACAAUGACUACAUACAUACAUACAUACAUACAUACAUACAUACAUACAUACAUACAUACAUACAUACAUACAUACAUACAUACAUAUAGACACACAGAGAACAUACAGAAGCACACUGACACAUGUAGGUACACACAAUGAGAACAUACAGAUACACUGACACCCAAGUGGAUACACACACUUACAUAUACCAUCACUGACACAUAUGGAGAUACAAUGGCGCGCAGAUACACACCCGGACAACAUACAGAUAGAUACAUACCGAUAGACGUACUCACACAGACAUACUCACACGCAUGCAAAAUUUGAUAACCACCCUCUAGUUUCUUACCUUACCUGGAGGGUGGCUUCCGUGGGGUGGCUGGGAGUUAAGCUCUCGCUCUCUCCCGGCCUGUCCCAGCUGGUCCUCCUUCCUCCGGCUCCUGUUUCUGUUGGAGGAAGUGAUGCCCGAUGGGCUCCCAUAGUGUGCAGGCCUGCUGCCCACAACAAUUUAUUUUGGAAUCGGCGACCCCAAAAGACAUUGUUGCUGGCAGCGGGAAAACGGGCCACCUGCCUUGGGGCCCUCAACAGUGACAGGGCCCGGGGCAAUUGCCCCAUUUGCCCCGCUUUAAAGAUGGCCCUGUCUGUCCUAUAUAUCCUGCUGUCCGCCUAGAGCAAGCAGGAGAAAUAUAACAUUCAGAGUUAUUUUCUAAAGUGAGAGUUCUACAUUUUCAGAAACACUCAGAAAAUGUGACUUCUUACCUGGAGUUCGCAGGUGCUGCUCGCUUUCUGCACUACAACCUUCAGAAAGUCAGCAGCUCUGCUUGAAUGAAGUCCAGUAGUUACAGGCCUUAGCUUAUUGGCUGACACUGCACUGCAGAGCGUCGCUCAGGAAAUCUUAAGAGGUUCCUAAGCAGGAGCUACUGUCUCCCCUAUGACCGGUGAACCCCAGUAAAGUUAAAUUGCCAUUUAUAUUGUGCUAACAGAUUCCGUAGCGCUUUACAAUAUGAGUGGGCAUUUAACUAUAAAUAGGACCAUUACAAGAAAACUUACAGAAACUAUAGGUUGAAGAGGACCCUGCUCAAACGAGCUUAGUCUAUAGCAGGGGUAGGCAACCUUCCAGCAGCACUGUGCCGAUAUAGGAUGAUGUCCUAUCUUUUUUUUUUUUUUUUUUAAAUUGAGGUGUGUAUGUUGCCGUAUUCUGCUUGUUUUUAUUGCAGUUGCUUUGUAUCAUUGUAUUUGUGUGUAUAUGAGCUAUUAUAUUGUAAAUGUUCAUUAGUAGUUUAUGGUAUUGUGUAUGAUGCAUAUGAAUGGGGGCUGCUUGUGGAAUUGUGUGGAUGGAUAUGUCACAUUGUGUGUUUGGUAGCGGGUUACGUUUGUGCGGUUUGUGUGUGGGCUGUUCAUAUUAUUUGUAUGAGGGGAGGGUUAUUCUGCAUUUGUGUAUAUCUAGCAUCUUCACUGGGUUCCAGGCUGGCCAGAUACAGGACAAGGACAGGAGCUGCAGCUGCGGGCCGCUCUACUACGGUGUGGAUUCCCAGUCACAAGUGCUGGGAUUACUUCCUCUAUAUACUGCAAUGCUUAAAUUGAAGAUUGUCCUUCACCACCUCUUUGUAUUAGUAGUUAUCUGAAGUUUUACUGGGACUCCUGAUAGGCCAGAGCCUGUUUGGCUCCAGCAGACUGGAGUGCCGUGCAAAUACACCUUGAGUGCUGUGCAUGGCACUAGUGCCGUAGGUUGCCUACCCCUGGUCUAUAGGAUGUUACUAGUAUGCUUAUUGUCUUGGCUAUUAUGUCAUUAUGUGGAAAGUUAUAGGUUGUGGGGGGGGGUUUGGAUUAUUUUUGUUUCUUUGAAAUUUCCUUGGUAUUACAUUUCAUUUUUUUUUUUUUUUUUUUCUCCUUUUCCAGACAUUAGAGCGCUCCUAUUUGCUGAAAAUAAAUGGGAAAGGUAAUAACAAACUUUAUUAAACAGUCGAAACCCUACAAAGCCAGUUGAGUAGAAUAAGCACUAUUGCAUUACUGGGUGUGUUAAGAUGGGUAUUUACACUGAUUGCAUAAGCAGCAAUUCUCAGCCCUCCCAUUAGCAGAAAACAUUUUUGACCUUUGCUAGUCACAAGGGUAAGUUGAGGUUGAAAGUAUCACCUCUCUGUGGUUAUUAAGGUCAGACUUUUCUUUUAACUGGAGAAUUAAUGAGCAUUGUCAUCUAACCUUACAGCUGUUACCAUAUGGUGUGAAGCAGUGGCCAUACUGUGUGAUGGCAUGUUCAUUUAUUGCGGUAAAGAACAAACUGGGUUGGGUUACGUUCUCCAAAUAUACUGUUAUACCAAUCCUCGUGGGUCCUGCACUUAUUGUCACAAUGGAGAUUGUAAGGAAAUCAAGUAUAGCUGAACCGCUUUGAUAAUUCCUCCUGCAAUGCCAGCGUCUAAGGUAGUUCCAAGCAAUGAAGUCCAUAAGAAAUAUAACAGCUUCCCAAGAUAAUCCCCUUGGUAAAGCAUACGAAUUCCCAAAUAACAGUCAGAGUCCAGAAUCAGGAUACAAGUAGAUCUGAGGUCUGGAAUCUCCAGCCUGCUUUUUAUUAGGGUUACAGACAAGAAAUACACACCCAGGGGGAGGCAUUAAAUCACCAAUCAGGUAUAGGUUACAGCCCCUACCUCCCUCCCCUCUGAUAAACAGUUAACUUCAUUAAAACGUGCACUAUUUUACCCCAGUUCUGGAUGUACCCCAAAAACAGGGGGUACACCUUUAAAUUGGGCACCGCUGGAUAGUUCUCAUUUGUGGGGACAACAUGUCAAAAAAUCAGUCCAUUCGGAUGAAUGGUUCGGGAGUUAUGGAGCACUAAAGUUUUGACCGACCGCACGGAUCAUCUAGCCGAAAAUAGUUCCAUAAGUUUUGGCCCUGCGGUCGGUCUCCGUUUAGGCGAAUAAAAGAGACGAAAGCCCUGCCAUCCGUUCGCAUCUUCGUGGUCGUUGAAAUCCCCAUACGAAGUUGCAUGUAACUACCGAACGGCCGGUGAUUCGGUCUUUCCCGUGCGAAGUUCUGGAUGUAUGGAGGUCUCAGCGGUGUUCGCCUGUUUGCGUAUCCGAUUUUAGUUCCACGCGUUGACGGGCAAACACCGCUGUUCGCACGUAAAAUGGCCGCGGCCACGUGUAAAGUGCCGAAAUGGCGGCCACCUAGAUUUUACACGGGGAAUUCGCCUGAAUCCAUCCGAAGGGUAGAAAUUAAAGCUAUAUCCUGAAUUCCAGCUGAAUUGGGUGAAUUAACUGCACAACAAAGGUAGAAAUCCUGAUGAACGGAGUCAUUUCUUCACAGAGAUUAACAUGCUAACUGCAAUACUUGCUGUUUAAACUGCUUUCUGACACUUUCCUCAAAUGUUUACUUCCCUAUUGUCCGUUACAGAGGGGCACCCAUAGUGUAUGGGGCAAAGGGCUCAACCAAAAAUGAAUCUACUCUGGAUUCCAAAAAUAACUUUUUUGUUUUUUUUUUGGUUUUUUUCCCUCUCCUCCUCUGUGUAUAUUAAGAAUCUAGACCAGAUUCCUUUUGAAACGAGCCUUCCACUUUAGUGCUUUGGAAGUGACAACAAGAAAUACAUUUGAAUAGUCUCUGAAAGCCGUUUAAACAGUUGGCAUGUUUAUUUCUAAUGUUAAAAAUAGCUUAGGAUCCACUGAUAUUGAGGUGCUUUGUCAAAGUGGGUGGGCUUUACACGGUAUGGCUAUAUGGUAGUGGUGCUAAAAUAGGUGACUUUACACGAUUUUGUUUAAUCUGUAUUUAUUUAGCACUUUACUGUAACACCACUACUUAGAAAUGGACAAAAGGGCACACCCAGAGCUUGCAAUUUUUCUUUAUUCUGUGUAUUUUUAGUUUGCAGCUGUGAGGGGGCAUCAGUAGUGAUCUGCACCCCCAGGAGGGUUAGAACUGCAGCUCUGUCACUAUUGUUAGUGAGUGCAGAGCCAGUCCUAGAGAGCCGACACUCUAACUGUAGCAAAGGUUCUGCUAACUGGGACCCCAAAAGCCACAAAUUGCAAACUAAUUUGAAAAAACUUAAUUUGCUCGGGAAAAAAUAAAUAUAUGGGCCAUGGGUGCAUAUGAGUUUACUGCAGCGACGUGGUUAAUUUUUUUUUUUUUUUUUAUUCUAGUCCUAUUUAGCAGGCUGUAACAGUAAUAAAACCGCCACUGAUUGCAAGUUCCUCUUAUUUACAUGUUUAUUGUUGCAGCUAAACGGCAUGCAAUAUUUUUCUAUUUUUUAAUGCUAGUUUAUAUCCCGAUCAUGUUCUUAAUGAGGUACUCUAAUUUAUCUGGAUUAGAAACAAGUGUUUGGAUGAGCAUGCCCGCUCUUAUGGAUUUUAAUGUGUUUGAUAGUAUCCUGUACAAGCUUUGCUAAUCAUGGUAAACUGUUUUUUGUAUUCCAUUGCAGUGGCAGAAAGACCUCAGCACAUGUUGAUGAGGGUGUCUGUAGGCAUCCACAAGACGGACAUAGAGGCUGCUAUUGAAACUUAUAACUUACUGUCUGAGAAAUGGUUUACCCAUGCAUCUCCUACACUCUUCAAUGCUGGCACCAAUAGACCGCAGCUGUCUAGGUUAUCUCUCUUUCUUUUAAUACUUGCUGUUGUACAUCUCCCAUCCCUCUUUAGACUUCUUGUAAGGUUCAGACACAUGCAAAAUACUGCUAUCACAUCUGUUGCCUUGCCACCAAAAUCAUAAUCUCAUAGGCCAUGCAUUUCUAUAUAUAUUUUUUUUUUUAGUUGUUUCCUGCUGUGCAUGAAAGAUGACAGCAUUGAAGGCAUUUAUGACACUUUAAAGCAGUGUGCACUCAUCUCUAAAUCUGCUGGUGGGAUUGGAGUAGCAGUCAGCUGUAUCAGAGCCACUGGUAGCUAUAUUGCUGGGGUUAGUGUUUUUCAGCUUGCAUAUGUUGUAUAAUAUGAAUUACUGUCAAUGUUUCUUUCAUUGUUGGACUCUAUAUAUACUUUUUUAUUUUUUUAUUUUUUUUGCUGCUAUUCAAAUAAUGUGAUAUCUUGCCCCAUCAGAAUGGAAUGGGCAGCUGUAUUCAGAAAAUUAUGUUCAUGGUUCAGUAAACCUUCAUAUGUAUUGAUAUCACCUGAUUAAACUUUACUUUAUUAUAGACAAAUGGAAAUUCUAAUGGACUUGUCCCAAUGCUGCGUGUUUACAAUAAUACCGCCCGCUAUGUGGAUCAAGGUGGAAACAAGGUAUGUUGUGUGAGAUCUUUAUAGAGGAGAAAGUAUUGACAGUCACACUACCAUAACCACUGCAGUGUACCUGGUGUCAUCUGCUGCCAUGUGUUAUUUUAUAUAUAUAUAUAUAAUAUAUAUAUAUAUAAUUUUAUUUAUUUAUUUUUUUUUUUUUUUUUAAGAAUGGUUUGACGGCACCUCUCGUUGGUGUGAUAAUAUAGAAGCUCACACAAGCCCUUUUUUAAAUUGCUUUUUUAUUUGUAUUUUUUUUUAAGUGUUACAAACCGCAUGUAAUGAAAAUAUUAAUACAUACAAUCUGUUUCAAAUGUCGUGUGGUGUUUUUUUUUAUUUAUUUUUUUUCUCUUCAUAGCUCUGAUUCUAAGUGUACAUUUCUGUUUUGCUACAUUAUUCGAAGUACACAUGUAACAUAAUCCUCAUUUAGUGUAAGCUUUCAUACACCAUGGUCAAUCUUUCAGCACGUGUGUGAUACAUAACAUUGAACAGCUUCUAUAGUGUAGCGGAGAGGUAGUAUAAUCCACAGUAUCUCUGCUGGGUAACAGGAACAGCAUAAAAUAAUCAAAGGAAAUAAAUACAGCAUACAAUAAUCCUGGUAGCGUUGUAGAAAUCCUUCCAUCCCAAGAACUAGAUGACACAUAGGCUGGGAGUCAACUCAGGAUUUAUUCACAGGUAACUGUAUUUAUGGGUUUCCCUGACAUUCCAGUGGUGGUACAGUAGGGGACUACAUGGGGAACUGAACAAUACAGACAUUUCUCCCACCAUGCACUGCUGUACGAGAGGGAUACUCCCACUAGAAUAUACAGCUAAGUGGAUUAUCCCUCCAUGCAGCAGAAAUUACAUUUUACAUUAAAAUGCAUAACUUCCAUAAUAUUCCCUUAAACGAAUGGACGUUCGUUAGAUAGCUGGAGUCUGAGCGCACAGUUCGUGAGAAUACCGCUUAGGAGAAAGGGCGCAAAACCAGUUUGAAUGCUCCCCCUGGUUGGUGUUUGUCUAUACAAAUGGUGGCCACCCAGGGGAAGCGCUCCUUAAUGGUUUCCCUUGCGGUUUCUCAUUUGUUACUGGUGCAAACGUUCUAAUUAGUGUGAACACUCUAACGGGCUACUGUGGUGGUCCCUGUUCGGGAGACAAAUGGGUUCCUUUUGUAUGAACGCUCCCGAAUGGGGAAACUGGACAUAAUAUACACAGGGAACACUCCAUACAAGUGGAAACUAUACGAAUGAGCAGUGAUUCUGCCCCAGGCAUGACACUCAGUGACUCUGUUCGGUCACAUGGAGUAUCCUUAAACAUAAAGGAGUUCCAAUGUCCCCAGGUUUGUUUAAAUUUCCUAUAAUUUUAAGAAAUGUUAUUUCCUCCAUCUGUUUUAUCCCUUCUACUCUUUGAAUACAUUCCCUAAUGGAGGAUUUACCAGUUUCCAUUUGAAUGGGAUAAGCUGGCUGCCAGAAGUAAAUGAUAUUAGGGACCCCUCCUGCGUUCUGUGGUUAGAUGGGGGUAAUAGAAAAAGCUGGUAUUCUGGUGAGCAUGGUAUCUGCAUUUUUGAGAUCCUUUUAGUUUAUGUAUACGUUCCCAGGUUUUUCUUAUUGGACAGAGCCACCAAAUGUGUGCGGAAUACGUCUCUGGUAGUUGGCAUCUCCAGCAUGCAUUUUGUGCUCCUAAGUGUAUGUUAUGGGUUUUAGCUGGGGUAUAGUACCAGCUUGGGAGGCGCUUAUAGUAACUCUUGUGUGGCGUUGGAUGUGGAUGCCUUGUGUGUCCUGGUGAAUAUCUGCUGCCACUGAUCUGUAGGCUCCGCAUAAAGUGUAGUAACUGUGCUGUGACAAAAUCCACUUCGCUACUGGAUUUUGGAGGGGCCUUUGUGCCAGCCUCCUACCCUGGGACUAUGGGCGCUGUGAUAACCCAUGUUCAAAAAUACUGUUUCUGCACCUUGGACUUUUAACUGGAACAGUUUCAAACAUGUGGCAGCAGCUUUCUUAAAUUGUCCAGCAGUGUUUUGCCGUCGAGUGUAUGGAACGGUUUUGGCUAUGGGACCAUGUGCACAGUGGGGAAAAAAGACUUUUGUGGGGAUGUUUUAUUUUUGGGGUUUGUAAAUUUUUCUGUUUUUAGAGUUAGUCAAUUGUCUCUCUUAAUUGUAUCACAGGCACAGGGAAGGGAAUAUGUGCUGUAAGUGGGAGUAUUGGACAUUGUUGUAUUCUGAUUUGGUUUGUGUCCUUUGUGUGCCUGUGUUCAAUCAGGUCCAGGGGGGUGUGCCUCUGGCAUGAAGAAUGGUUGUGUGUGUGUGUAAGCAAACCUGUAACAAAGCCUCAGACUUGUUCUACCCUUCUUAAAGUCUUGACUCAUGUUUGGGGGAUUGGAGAACUACCUACACUCUGGGGAGUAUGGGGAUUGCUAUAAUCCCUAUACUCCCCAGAGUAUAAUCACUAGGUUUUGUAAGAGCUGUUCCUGCUCUCUGGACUAAGAUCUACCAACUGGAAGUUGGGUCAAGAGUGGGUGGAAGAUGGCGAGAUGCCAACCAAGCUGCGGCGGUUCGUGAGGUCUGUGAUGGAUAUGGUGUCUAGUGGAGUGCUUGGAGCUCUCAGGAAGCACUAGGAGCAUCAGUCAACGGAGGUACCCGGUCGGGGUUCUAGCCGAUCCAGGUGCGUAGUGCAGUUGUUGCGUGCCUGUAGGAGUGUGUGGUGGUUAUGUCUUGUAUUGACCUGAUUUGUUGUCCCCAGUGUCAUAUCGUGUAAAGUGAGGUAAUUUGUGUCAUGUUAAAGCUUAUACAGAGAUUCCUACAUGAAACAGAGGGUUGGUGUAAGUGCGUAAAGCGGAGAGGGGUAUGGCGAGAGAGCCUGACUACUGGCCAAUCUCGACCAUACUCUGAGUGUGGCUGCAAUAGUCAGGUGAUGUUUGCUUUUUAAACGGGCUAAACCGAUUUUUGUGCCAUGGAACUGUCGUAAUGGGUAUUCGAAGAACGAUCCUAUGAUCACCCAUUCUUGUUGUAUGAUCUCUCGUCCAUGCAUAGAUCUGGGCCAUGUGAAUGGCUUUGUGAAAUGCAUCUUUGUCAGGAAGACCCAAUCCUUGUGGUUUACUGAGAAGUGCGAUAGCUAAUCGAGGGUGCACGUUUGACCAUAUAAAGACAUAAAAAUCAUCUUGACAGUGUCAAAGAACGUUUUUGGAAGUACUGUUGGAAAUGUUUGAAGUGCAUAUAGGAUGCGGGGUAGCACGUAAAUUUUUACAAUACAAAUUCUACAAAACCAUUAAAAACAUGGUUUGUGCCAGGAAAAUUCAAUUCAGAGUUGAUCUAUCUUUCGUGGCAGGUGUAACCCUAAAUACUUGAUAGACCCGUUGUCCCACGUAAAAUGGAACUGUUGCUUCAUGUGCUCAUCUAUAUCUGGUGUGAUGUAAAAGGGAAGUAUCUCGCACUUGGCGAGGGCUCACACUAGGUUUAUGCAGUAUUCAUUGAUUGUCAGCUGAUGGGUUUCUGCCAUUGAAUGCUGUUUGUACCUGAUGUGAUUUUUCAGAAGUAUGAAUUUCUAGCGCAUCAAAGAGCAGUCAUUCCCUCAUUUUCUGACAUGAUCUUCUCUUCUGUGUGAGAUUUGGAAGCUCUUAUAACUUAGCCUCUUUCUGCCUAAUUUUAUAGUUCUGUCUAUCUUCCGCACUUUAUUUUUUUGCUUUUACGGAAAAACCUAAUGCAAUUUUCUGUUGCCUUCAAUAGUGCAACUUUUAAAUAAUCCCAGUUCUCUGGACUCCAUUUAAAUUGCUCCAGUCUGAUAAUGACUCCAUUACACAUAUUCUAAUUUUAGAAAAGUCUGUUUUUCUAAAGUCUAAAACUUUUGUUUUUGUGUAGUGUGACUCAGUCACUGCUCUUAUAUUAAACCACACUGACUCACUGGAUCCUAAACUUUCACCUACAGUAAUAUCUGAUACCAAAUCUCCAUUUGUUAACACUAAAUCUAGUAUGGCCUCUUUACGAGUUGGCUCCUCAACAACUUGUUUUAGAGACCAUCCCUGUAAGGAGUUCAGAAUGUGUGCUCCUGGCAUCAGUAGCUAUCUUGGUUUUCCAGUUCUCAUCAGGAAGAUUAGUCACCCAUGAUAACUUCCUGCUUCAUUGUCAUUUUAGCUGUUUCCUCAACUAGUAGACUAACACUUCUAUUUGUCCUGGUGGCCUCUAAAUCACACCUCAAACUUCUCAUGUCCUCGAGUUACAGAUCUGAAAUGAGACUAGCAUCCAUCAAGUUCAGCCUUCCUCACAUGUUUUUUGCUGCUGUUUCAAAAGGCAAAAAACCCAGUCUGAAGCGCUUACAAUUUUGCAACAAACUAGGAAAAAAUUCCUUCUUGACCCCAAAAUAGCAGUCAGAUGUCUCAUUGGAUCAAGCAGCUAUUACCCCACUAAUUAGAAAUGAUAUCCCUGUAUGUUAUGUUUUUUUGCAAGUAUUUAUCCAAUUUCAGUUUAAACAUCUGUAUAGACUCUGACAAAAUCACCUCUUCAGGCAGAGAAUUCCAUAUCCUUAUUGCUCUUACUGUAAAAAAACAAAACAACCUUUUCUUUGCCUUAGAUGAAAUCUCCUUUCUUCCAGCCUAAAUGUGUGACCUCGUGUCCUAUGUAUAGCCCUGUUUAUGAAUAGAUUUCCAGAUAAUGGUUUGUACUGGGCCCGAAUAUAUUUUGUAUAUUAUAUCCACUCUCAGGUGCCGUUUUUCCAAACUAAACAGAUUUAAUUUUUUUUUUUUUUAACCUUUCUUCAAAACUAAAAUGCUCCAUUCCUUAUAUCAAUUUUGUAGCGUGUCUCUGCACUCUUUCUACUGCCAUGAUAUCUUUCUUUAGAACAGGUGCCCAAAAUUGCACAACAUAAUCAAGGUGUGGUCUCACCAGCAGCUUAUAAAGAGGCAAAAUUAUAUUUUCAUCCCGAGAAUUUAUGCCCCUAUUUAUACAUGACAAUCUUACUGGCCUUAGCAACUGCAGAUUGACAUUGCAUAUUGUUGCCUAAUUUGUCUAUAACAAUUCCUAAAUCCUUCUCGUGUGUGGUUAUCCCUAGUUAACUACAAUUUAAUAUGUAAAUUGCUUGUGCAUUCUUAACCCCAAAGUGCAUAACUUUGCAUUUCUCUACAUUAAAUUUAAUCUGCCAUUUUAGUGCCUAGUCCCCCAAACUAUCUAAAACCCUCUGCAGCAAAGCAAUAUCCUGCUCACAUUUUGUUACUGUACAAAGUUUUGUCAUCUGCAAAAUUAAUUGUGAUUACCAAAUUCUAACGUAACCCAAACGGACUCUGUUCGCCUCACUAACUUUUAUUAGGCUAGAUUUUAUGCUAUUCACAUACAGGGCUACCCCUAUCUUUUCCAAAUAAAGAGUACCCUGGUAUUGCUAUGCCCCAGUAAUUUUUCUCAUUGUACCAUGUCUAGCUAACAGCGACUCUACAUUAUCAGUUGCCAUUAUUGCCACAAGUUCAUGGAUCUUAUCCCCUAAACUGCAAGCAUUUGUAGGCAUGACUCUAAGCUUAUCAUUUUUUUUAACACACUUGCUAAAGGCACCUUCUGUCCUUGUUUUCAAGGAAUUUACACAAACAUAAAUUUGAGGGGUUUCCUAUGCUAGUGAGCUGUUCUAUGUUCAGGGGAAUUCCCUCAAACAAAUACCUGCUCUCUAACGCACCCUUGCUCACCGACCUAAUUAUUUUUACGACAGAUGUAAGGAUGGAACCCAGUCAGUAAGUGAGAACAACCUGUAUUCUGGUUUUAUCUCUUUCUUAAUCCUAGGCAAUAUUGCUAAAAUGUCUAACUCAGAAAAUUUUGUCUUUUUAUUUUGUGUUUAUUUUAUUUUAGUUUUUGACAUUACAAACAUUCUACGGGCAUCAGUGAUCAAGAUUUCUAAUUCAUUGUUCUCCAUUGCUUCAAGGGUUAUUUUUAAUCUGCUAGAUUAAGCAUCACUGCUUUCUGUAUUGUGCCAGUGUGGUUCAGUAUCUCAAUAUGUAUCCUAUGUACUAGGCCAAUAAUAGCCUGCUUUUGUCCUUCAGAGACCUGGUGCUUUUGCCAUCUACCUGGAGCCCUGGCAUUAUGAUGUCUUUGACUUCUUGGACCUUAAGAAGAACACAGGAAAGGAGGAGCAAAGAGCCAGAGAUCUAUUCUAUGCUUUGUGGAUCCCAGAUCUCUUUAUGAAAAGAGUGGAGACUAACGAGGUGAGCUUGCAUGUUUAUCAUCUCUGUGCCCUACACACUCAAGCGCUAGAAAGGCUGGUGGUUGUUGGUUUUUUUUAUUUUAUUUAGUUUUUUCCUAAUUAUCUUUUUGGGGAUUUUAUUUUAGGAUUGGUCUUUGAUGUGUCCUCAUGAGUGUCCAGGUCUGGAAGAAGUUUGGGGAGAGAAGUUUGAGGAGCUCUAUGAAAAGUAAAAAAUCCUUUUGUUUUAUUUCAUUGUAUAGUUACACUAAAACUUCUUUCUUCCAGUCUAAGCACAUGUCCUCGAGCCCUGUUUAUGAAUAAAUUUCCACACAAUGGUUUGUAUUGGCCACGGAUAUAUUUGUAUAAUGUUAUCAUAUCCCCCCUGAGGUGAUGGUUUUUUUAAACUAAAGAGGCUUACAUUUGUUAACCUUUCUUCAUAUCUAAACUGUUCCAUUCCUUUUAUGGUUUUGUGGUCAUCUUGCCGUGUAAGGAAAACCCCUAGAGCAGAAUACUUUUCAGAUUUGUACUUCAAAUGUCUUAUUAGAGUAACCCAUUGCUUUGCUGAAUAUACUAAGAGAUCAGACUCUGGUUCUCACAUAAGUGAUCAUUCGUAUCCCUCUAUUCCAUGCUCACAGAUAUGAACGGGAAGGACGAGUACGCAAGGUGAUUAAAGCUCAGCAGCUCUGGUAUGCCAUCAUCGAGUCUCAGACAGAAACUGGCACUCCAUACAUGCUUUAUAAGGAUGCAUGUAACCGUAAGAGUAACCAGCAGAACCUGGGAACCAUUAAGUGUAGUAAUCUGUGCACGGAGAUUGUGGAAUACACCAGUGAUAAAGAGGUAAUAAUGUUGACCGUGGAGGUGGUGAAAUGUCUUUACUGGGUGAGAUAGUGUCUAAAUGCCCCACGUUCUUCUAUACAGAAGCCAUGUUAUUGUACUCUGCCAGAUAAUUAUUCUUACAGCUUACUUUACUUACAUACCUAGAGCAAAAGUGUUGGCUAUUGGUUAGGGUGUGGCAUCUUAAAUCUUGCUUACAAAGCAGCUGUUAAUUUUACUUUUUCCACGUGGAUUUGUACUUUAUAUUUUCCAGGUAUUCAUUGUGCUGCCUUGAGCCUUUUCUGAGUAAUGAAAUGUUGAUUGAUAUGCAGCACUGUUUUAUUUUAAAAGUUUUAAUGCAGUAUAAUUGCUACAGAUUGUUACACCUGUAUAGGCUAAAGGCAGUAUUCUGGAGUAUCCCUUGGAAUUCAUUACUGUCUAAUUCUUUCACUGCUCAUGUAUUGAAACACUGAUUUAUCUUUACAGGUUGCUGUUUGUAACUUGGCCUCCAUUGCGCUGAAUAUGUACGUCACCAGUGAGCGAACAUUCGACUUCAAAAAACUUGCUGAGGUUACUAAAGUUAUUGUACGAAAUCUCAACAAAAUAAUUGAAAUUAAUUUCUAUCCAGUUCCAGAGGUAAGAGCUUUAUGUCCCUAGCAGCCUAAAUUCCUAGUUUAUUCCUGUUUCUAUCUAUACAUUGAUUUAUAUAGCAUAUAAACAGCGUUUGCCCUCUUUAUACACUAUAUCAGGGCAUCCCAAACUUUUUUGGCCGAGACCCACUUUUCAAAACUGUAAUUUUCCGAGACCCACUUGCUUUAACCCCUUAAGGACCAAACUUUUGGAAUAAAAGGGAAUCAUGACAUGUCACCCAUGGGGUUACAGUGGGGGGAGGAGGGGACGCAGGGUCUGUGUCCUACCUUUUUAAUAAAUUCCCUGGUGGUCCUGUGGGUGUCCGGUGUGAGCUCCACUAGGUGCAGAGCUGCAGACCGUGUAAUAAGUCUCACAAGCUCCUGGUGUCAGUCUGUCUAGCUGGCAGACCUGCAUGUGUGGGUCAGCGCGACCCACUGGGGAUCGCCUUGCGACCCACACUUUGGGAACCACUGCACUAUAUAAAUCCAUAGAUAGAAGCAGGGCUCGCUCUGUUUUAUACACUGUAUAAAUCCAUAGAUAGAAGCAGGGCUCGCUCUGUUUAUACACUAUAUAAAUGCAUAGAUUGAUAGAAGCAGAGCUCGCCCUCUUUAUUCACUAAAUCAUGUCGAUUUUUAUUUUAUUUUAUUUUUUAUGUUGGGUAGUGGAUUGCCAACUUAAAUCUCUUUUUAAUAUUUGCAGGCAGAGUACUCAAACAAGCGUCAUCGUCCUAUAGGAAUAGGGGUACAAGGACUUGCUGAUGCUUUCAUCCUUAUGCGGUUCCCUUUUGAAAGCCCAGAGGCCCAGUUGCUAAACCAGCAGAUCUUUGAGACCAUCUAUUAUGCUGCACUGGAGUCUAGUUGUGAACUUGCAGAGCAGCUUGGACCCUAUGACACGUAUGAAGGCAGUCCUGUCAGCAAAGGUGUAAGUGUGGGCCUUGAUGUGGGUGAUGGAGAGAGAGAGUCUCCCUGACAUGCUUGUGAAGAGAAUAUAAUUUGCUGCUGUAUUUUGGAGCAAUUCUGUCUACCUCCAAUUGGUUUAAUUGCAGAGAUACCUAUGUGAAACUGUAUUUUUGUAAAACCAAAGGAGUGUGUGUAACAUAAAACCCCAUUCAAAUAUCAGUAUUCAGAUUAACACUUAACAAAAGUGGAUUUAUUUAUUUUUUUAUUUUUUUUAGUUCUUCACUAUAAUUUUCUUUUUAUUUAGUUCAAGGUCUAAUUUAGGAUUUUGGUGAUGGAAUUGGUUGUCUCUUAAUUAACUUUGGAGAAUUUUCUUGCAGAUCCUACAGUAUGACAUGUGGGACUUCACACCCUCUGGGCUCUGGGACUGGGCUGCUUUGAAGGAAAAGAUUGCAAAGUAAGUGAAUGAGACUUCAAGCUGUCCUUCUCGUGUGCUACAGUCUGCCCUCUGCCCUCUGUGUGAUAAUGGGGCAUAGUCUGCCCUCUGUGUGAUAAUGGGGCAUAGUCUGCCCUCUGUGUGAGAAUGGGGCCUCUCCCAUCAUACUCCAAGCAAUGCUAGCAGUAUGUAGACCUAAAGCUUGCCAUUGUGCUGAUACAGUUAGCGCUGCUUAAAGAUCUGAACAGAUCCAGAAUGAUCCUGCUGGCUUGGUGAUGCAUUCUUUCUUUUUGUUAAUUUGAAUUUUUUUCAGACAUGGCAUUAGGAAUAGCUUGCUCUUGGCACCGAUGCCCACGGCUUCCACUGCUCAGAUAUUGGGUAACAAUGAGUCCAUAGAACCAUACACCAGCAACAUCUACACCCGCAGAGUCCUGUCAGGAGAGUUUCAGGUAACUCUAGGGGCUUAGUGAAACAUAUCUCUAACCUUUAAUCAAUGCAAAUAGGUCCUCUGUCUUAUUGAUUUUUAAAAAAAUUUUGUAUUUUUUUUAAGAUUGUUAACCCACAUUUACUAAAAGAUCUAACCGAGCGAGGGCUUUGGAAUGAAGAAAUGAAAAACCAGAUUAUUGCGUGUAAUGGAUCAAUUCAGGUAAUUAGUGCUCAACAUGCUUAAGCAUUUAGUGGGUGUUUUACAGUCGAGUUCAUUUUUUUUUUUUCCCCUUUCAGGUCUCUCCUCUGUCUCUCCUCUGUCUCUCCUCUGUCUCUCCUCUGUCUCUCCUCUGUCUCUCCUCUGUCUCUCCUCUGUCUCUCCUCUGUCUCUCCUCUGUCUCUCCUCUGUCUCUCCUCUGUCUCUCCUCUGUCUCUCCUCUGUCUCUCCUCUGUCUCUCCCCUGUCUCUCCCCUGUCUCUCCCCUGUCUCUCCCCUGUCUCUCCCCUGUCUCUCCCCUGUCUCUCCCCCUCCUGUCUCAUGUUCAGAAACUAUAGUACAGGGAUACUCGAAAGGUAGAUCUUCUAGAACUAAAACUCCCUUGAUACUUUGCAUACCUCUUGCAAUGAUUUUACAAAGCAUAAUUGAAGUUUUUUUUUUGUGUGUGUUUUUUUUUUUUUUAAACCUCUGGAGAUAUACCUCUUGGGCACCACCGUGGCUAGUAGAUUUUAAAAUUAAAUGUGCAUUAUUGUUGUAAAAUGGGAUAACGUUCUAGUACUCGGAGUUGAUUUUAUAGUGUAGUUUUUACUCUAAAUGUUGAGUGAAGGAUGUGACUGACUAGUGUACUACUUUUGGCAGAGUAUUCCAGAAAUUCCUCAAGACCUGAAAGAUCUCUAUAAGACUGUGUGGGAAAUAUCACAGAAAACGUUGAUCAAAAUGGCGGCAGACAGAGGUGCAUUCAUUGACCAGAGCCAGUCACUGAAUAUCCAUGUAGCCGAGCCAAACUACGGCAAACUGACCAGCAUGCACUUCUACGGCUGGAAAAUGGUAAUGCAACAGCCCAGUAAAAGGGAGUUUCUGAUUUGGGUUUAACCAUAGUUUAUGUAGCUAAUAGAAAAAAUAAAUAUGUAAGAUUCUUUAACCCCUUAAGGACACAUGAUGGAAAUAUUCCUUCAUGAUUCCCUUUUAUUCCAGAAGUUGUGUCCUUAAGGGGUUAACACCUAAAGACUCCUUUUCUAUGUGGUGUUGCUCUAUCUGUUUUUGGCUGUUCAUCCUAUAGUGGUCCCAUACAACCAGAUAUCAUACCGAUAUCCUACUGAAUAGGUGAAACUGAUCUAGGUAGUCAUUCACUAAACUGGUUUUUAUAUUUCUCACAUGACCCUGUAUAUAUUCAUUGCAAUCUAGGAUUCCAGGUCCCUUUGUUACCUGGGUUAAUGCCUCAAGGUUCAGUUCUCUGCGCAGUCUAUGUACAUAAUUGACCCUAAUGAUGUGAGUAAAAUAUCAACUGUACGUACAGGUUUUCUGCUAACGCUCACUGCAACUCCCCACACCUCCUAUAACACACACUACCUGAGCAGCAUGCUUGCUGCAGUUCCUCAUAUCUCCUGUAGGUCCGUUUUUCUUCCAGCACCUUGAAAUAGUGUAUGUAUAUAUAUUUGAAAGAUGAUAAAUCUAAAAGGUCUGUCUUCAUACUAGUUUACACAAUAGUAACGAUCAUCACAGCUAUAGUUCGAUAUCUUGAAACUUUCAGUUCAUUACAAAUUGAUGCGAUUCAUUUCCCGUGUCCUUAAAAUCAGCUUAUCUUUGCUUACGAUUAGCUUCAAUUACUGAUAUCUUUCUGUGUGACUAGGCUUCCUGCUACACUUUGUCUUUGCUUUGUCUAGUAUAUUAAUGCGAGUUCUUUUACAGGGUCUAAAAACUGGCAUGUACUAUCUGCGAACACGGCCUGCAGCAAACCCCAUCCAGUUCACACUGAAUAAAGAGAAGCUUAAAGAAAAGGACAGUGUGUCUCCGGAGGUCUCAGAAAAGGAAGAGAAGGAGAGGAACAAGGCUGCAAUGGUGUGCUCUUUAGAAAACCGAGAUGAAUGUCUAAUGUGUGGGUCGUAGCUGCUGACAUUAUGUCAAAGAAUUGUAUCAAGCAGACAAAAUAAACUUUUUUUUCUAAUAAAGUGGCAUUUUUUUUAUUUA